CCAAUACUUCCAAUCUUCAAGUGUAUGAUCCAGUCAGUCACUCCUCCUUCAAACAACCCACCGAGAUCAUACCCGCCCGCGUCAAACGCGUGGAUUGUGUGGGAAACAGCGGUGCCGCUUCUUGAACCGUCUGUUCUUCUGGCUGUUUUGCAAUGCUUAUAACACUCUUGUGCGCUUACAUGCGCGUUAUUGAAGGAAUAAUAAGUACCAGCGCCUGUUGAUACAGUGACAGCAUGGCUAAACGAAGUACGUUAUUCAUCAGGAUUGUGGAAGGGAAGAACCUGCCAAUCAAGGACAUAACUGGAAGCAGUGAUCCAUACUGCAUCGUGAAAAUUGACAAUGAGGCUAUAAUCCGGACAGCAACAAUAUGGAAGACACUGUCACCUUUUUGGGGUGAAGAAUACAAUGUCGAUCUACCUCCCUCAUUUCGCACAGUGUCAUUUUAUGUGCUGGAUGAAGACUCUCUCAGCCGAGAUGAUGUCAUUGGAAAGGUGUCGAUCAGUAAGGAGCUUCUCACUGCUAAACCUCAAGGUGUAGACAGGUGGAUAAGCCUGACAGAGAUCGACCCAGAUGAGGAAGUACAAGGAGAGAUUCACCUGCAGAUAUCAGUGCUGGUUGACGGAGAUAUCCCACAAAAGCUUUGCUGCCAAGUGCUGGAGGCGAGAGAUCUUGCAAAAAAGGAUCGAAACGGGGCCUCUGACCCUUUUGUCAGAGUGAGAUACAAUGGCAAAACAUAUGAGAGUGCGGUGGUGAAAAAAUCUUGUUACCCUCGCUGGAACGAGAGUUUUGAAUUUGAGCUGGAUGGGACGCUGGCUGACAGUCUGUUGAGUGUUGAGGUGUGGGACUGGGAUCUAGUCAGCAGAAAUGACUUCCUGGGGAAGGUCCUGUUCAACAUCAACAAGCUUCGGUCUGCACAGCAAGAGGAGGGCUGGUUUCGCCUGGGACCUGACAAAUCUAAACACAGGGAAUAUGAAGGAAAUCUGGGUUCUUUGCGGCUGCAGCUUCGGCUUCGAGACGAGGUUGUUCUGCCAUCCAGUCAUUACAAACCACUCACAGAGCUCCUCAGCCAAUCAGUCAGCUCUCAGCUCAACAGCAACUGGCCGGAUCUCAUCAUGCUGAUUGACGAGACCACUACAGCAGAGAGCAGACAGGAAGUGGCUAAUAAUCUGGUAAAGCUGUUUUUGAGUCAAGGGCUUGUCAAGGAGUUCUUGGAUGUUCUGUUCAAACUGGAGCUGGAAAAGACGCCUGAGCCCAACACUCUAUUCCGCAGUAAUUCAUUAGCAUCCAAGUCUAUGGAGUCUUUUUUGAAGGUGGCUGGGAUGCAGUAUCUGCACAGGCUUCUGGGCCCCAUAAUAAACAGAAUAUUUGAAGAAAAGAAAUAUGUAGAACUAGACCCAAGUAAAGUGGAAUUAAAAGAUGCUGGGUGUGCUGGUUUGCAUCGUCAGCAGACUGAAUCUGAUGUUAUUCAGCAGAGCUCCAGUCUCCUGCAGUCGUACCUCUCUGAACUGCUCAGCUCCAUCCUGCAGUCUGCCUCAUUCUGCCCUCUGCUCAUCUGUGAGGCUUUCCAUCAGCUUCACCACAGAGUGCAGGAACGCUUCCCUGACACAGAGUACAGAAAGGUGAAGUUUAUUGCUGUGACCAGCUUCCUGUGUCUGCGCUUCAUCUCACCUGCCAUCAUGUCUCCAAAACUAUUCCACCUGCGAGAGAAACAUGCGGAUGCCCGCACGAGUCGUACUCUCCUGCUGUUGGCUAAAGCUGUACAGACCAUUGGGAAUAUGGACACUCUGGCAUGCUGCUCUAAGGAGCCGUGGAUGGUGCGAUUGCAGCCAGCCAUUCAGCAAGGCAUCACCCAGCUCAAAGAAUUCAUCAUGAAGCUGGUCAGCUGCCAUGAGUCAGAGGAUUUUGGGCUACAGACACGAAUGAGACUCCAAUGUGGCACUAUGGAGAAAGAAGGUUUCCUCUUCCUGCACAGAACCAAAGACAAGUGCAUGCUCAUGACAUCACCCUUUAAGAAGUGCUAUGUGACGCUGAGCAAAGAUACUCUUUCCUACUCUCGGACGCAACACUAUAAGAAGAGCUCAUCUAUUUCACUGCUAAAGAUCCGGGCGAUAGAGAAGGUGGAGGAGAAGUGCUUUGGCAGUGCCAACGUCAUGCAGAUCAUCUCAAGUGAAGACUCUGGCCAACAGGAGACUCUGUACCUUAACUGCAAGAGUGUAAAUGAGUUGAAUCACUGGCUGUCAGCUUUGAGAAAAGCCUGCAGUCACAACACAAACACUAUGAGCUGCUAUCAUCCUGGUAUCUAUAAAGCAGACAGAUGGAGCUGCUGCCAUCAAAAGGAGGAAACAGACCCAGGCUGUGAUAAAACUAGACAUGGAGUGACUCUGCAGGAAUGGUAUGACCCGCUGGAUCCAGACCUGGAGGCUCAGCUGAUCUACCAACAUCUCAGCAGUGUCCAACAUGCCAUGCGCGAUAAGUAUUACAAGUUAAGAGAGCUGCAAGGAGCUCAGGAGACAGAUUCAAUAACAGACCAGAAGAAAGUAGAUGGACUAACAAAGCUCUUCAGUAUUCUCCAAGACCUGCAUGAUGCGCAUGCUGCUGUGGAGGAAGAGGAAAGAUUGAAAAAUAAAAAUGUUUUCUUGGAAUUACAAACGUAAAGGAAAGGACUGAUUUUUACUCAGUUUUAACAAUGUUAUUCAGUCGCUGACCUCAUACACAGACUACACAGAAGUGGAUGUUUGAUUUGGUCUUGUAUUGUUCUGAAAUGAUUUUGAAAUGAAACUGAUUUUUGGUGCAUAGAUUGAUAUUUAGAGGGCUAUGAACACAAUCUCUUUAUUAAGGGUUGUCUUGGGUGUAUUAGAUGUCCAGCUCCAGACUGCAUGUAAUUGUAGUGAAGUGGGUUGCCAAAUCAAAAACUGUGUCUUUGUAGGUAUCGCUAUAUAUAGCAGUUUUUACAUGUAUUAAAAUGUACUUUAAAUACUUUACUUAAAUAUUUUAUUUAAUUGUUUUUUAAUUAACUUAAUGAUUUCCCAUUUUAAUAUAAAACAUUCUUCAAUUUGAUGUGCUUUUUGACUAUAAAAUCGUAGCGGAGAUGGCAAACCCUUCUCCAUAUCAUAUCUGAGGAAAAGUAAGAAUUUCGCUAAGAUGUUUAUAUGUUUGUUUUUAUUUUAUUUGGUAAUUUUAGGACAUUGUUGAUGCAAAUGUGGAUCAUUAGUUCAUUGUUGGAGCUGAAUCACAUACAAAGCUGCCAUUCCUGUUCUCACAGUGUGUCAAUUGUUUAUGUUUUGUUGUUAUGUCCUUAUAUGGUAUAUGUACUGUAUGCAUUAUGCAUUUCACAAACGUUGUAGUUGUAUGUGUCCAGACACAAACUUUUAAA